CACAACUUACAGCAAUUCGAUGUAGUCGUAUCGUUCGUUUCUGAGUGACGAAGCAGAAACAGACGAGCAGCCAACCCAUGGCGAUAUAAUAUUCGAUACCACACAUGAUUCGGGGACUUUGUAGGCUACGUUCACGGUAAAGAGCAACCAUUGUGUAGGCCUCUAACUCUAAGGAAAUAAGAGAGCGCGAUUAGCAUUACCCUGCUCGUUGUGUUCAACCCAAAGAGAUAUAGAAAAGUUCAAGGUCUCAACUCGUACAUCAUUAAAAUGGCUCCCUCCGUACUGGACCAACUGAAGGCUGUCACUACUGUUGUCGCCGACACUGGUGACUUUGAAGCCAUGAAGCAGUUCAAGCCAACAGAUGCAACAACAAAUCCGUCACUGAUCUUUGCUGCUGCCAACAUGCCAGCUUAUCAGAAACUUAUUGAUGAAGCAGUGUCAUAUGCAAAGAAACUUGGAGGCAAGGAGCCUGAAGUUCUCAGCAAUGCCAUGGACAAAGUUUGUGUCAAUUUCGGAGCAGAAAUCCUCAAAAUUAUCCCCGGACGUGUCUCCACAGAAGUCGAUGCCAGAUUGUCGUUUGACACGGAGGCUAUGGUUCAGAAGGCACAGACCUUGAUCAAGCUCUACAAGGAUGCUGGGAUUGAGAAAGAAAGAAUUCUCAUCAAACUCGCUUCCACAUGGGAAGGUGUGCAAGCUGCCAGGAUUUUGGAAUCUCAGUUUGGGAUUCAUUGCAACAUGACACUCAUAUUUAAUUUCUAUCAGGCUGUUGCCUGUGCUGAAGCUGGUGCUACUCUCAUCUCACCUUUUGUUGGGAGAAUUCUGGACUGGUUCGUGGCAAAUACUGACAAGAAGUCCUUUGAGUCCCUUGAAGACCCAGGAGUCAAAAGUGUGACGAAAAUUUACAACUACUACAAAAAGUUUGGUAUCAAGACAGUUGUUAUGGGAGCAUCUUUCAGAAACACUGGCGAAAUUCUGGGCCUGGCUGGAUGUGACCUUUUGACCAUUUCGCCAAGCCUUUUGGACAAGCUGGCACAGUCUACUGAAGAGAUCAAACCACACCUGAAUGCAGAUACUGCCAAAGCUUCUGACAUCGGCAAAGUGAAUGUGACAGAGCAAGUCUUCCGUUGGCAGAUGAAUGAAGAUCAGAUGGCCACAGACAAACUGAGCGAGGGGAUUCGUAAAUUUGCUGCUGAUGCUAUCAAACUGGAGAAUGUUCUCAGGCAAAGAAUGGCUCAGUAGAGUGGGAGAAGGGGAGCCCACAUCCCUGGCCUUUCUCUACACUUACAUUAGUUUUUUUAAUGCCAUGCUAUGUUGUUGUUAAUGAACACUGGAAAAGUUUCUGGAAACGGAAGUAAGAAAUAAUAGCAAACUAGAAUUGAGACUAAUGUUUUGCUGUCUAUGGCUGUUUAUUUUGGAUGUUGAAAUGUAUGAAAGAAAGCUAUUCAAACGGAUACUUGGUACUUGAUGUGUGGCUGAGGGAAAGUUGUUCAAACUGAGGGAAAGAUGGGGUUUAUUUUGAACACGCUUAUCUACUCUUUAGAUAUAUGUAGUGUUCAUUUGUUGUCUUAAUGCUGAUCAAUAAAUAUAAAGUUCCUGCAGCUUUGCCUUUUUUAUUUGUCAGUUUUUGUAGUGAAGGAUUUAUAAGACAUAUGGAUCCUGUUCUGUUAUUUUGAUUUUAAAUUAGUUCUUCUUCAUUCAAAGUCAAAGUAAAAGAAAAAGCUAUGUAGUGAAGAAGAAAACUACACUUUCAUGCCUGUGGAUGUUGUGGAACAUAACUGUUUCGGGUUAGAUCUACUAGUUAGCCUGCUUCAGACAAUGCCAAAAGCUUUCAGAAAACAGGUUGUCCCAUGCAUUCCCACAGUGUUGGCCUUUGAUUUAUUGUAAAAAAAAAAAUAAUUAAAUAAAAGGCAUAUGUACCCAGCCAGAAUAUUGGAUUGUCAUUUGUUUUCUCACUUUCAAAAAGAAAGGUUUUUCCGUUUACUUAUCCUUUGAGUAGAUGUGGAAUUAUAUUUUGCAUUUACUUGUUACUUUUCUUUGAAGGCUUGUUUUUGUGACAGAUCUGAUUUAUGAAAGAUCUAUGCCUUAUCUGUCCCCGCGGUUUUAUGCAAAAAAAAUUCUGAAAUUUUGCAAACUGAGCCCAAAAAUGUGAAAUUAUGCCAUCCUGUUAAUUUCAACAAAGAAAGAUAAAGGAAAAUAAUCUGAAAUUAUGCAAAAAGUGAUCAAAUUUUGCUAAAUUAUGCGGGGUGCAUAAAACCACGGGGACAGCCUUAUGGAUUGAAGAAAUUGGAACAUUUGAAAGAAUUUUACUUUUCCCAGGCUGAGCAGUUAAAUCGGUACUAUAUAACUCGAUCUGCUACAGUUGCCUCAUAUUAGAGGUGUUGUCUACUCCUACAAUUUGCAACCUCGGUUUUGUUAUCAUGAAAAAGAGGCAGUUUUUCUCUCUUAAUUUUGUCAUAGUUUGGAAACACGUAAUGAGUGAGCAUUGGAAAUUCUCAGGAUUGGACCCAACAGGCAGAGUUGAGGCAGCCUGCCUUUUUAAUUGAUCUAAAAUGUGAAUGGGGGCAUAAAAUGAUUAUAAUCACUAAAUCAUAGGCAUGAUCUGUGAUGAACUUUUGCACGCAGUAGACUCGUUAGAUACCCGAGUUGAAAGAAAAAUUUUAUAGAGUAUCUCGGUCAUUCAGUUGAGAUGUAUCCCUUUCACUCUCAGCCUGAGUUGACUCUGACAGGCAGGAUAGUUGAAAGCUCACCUCUUAAUCGAUCUAAAUUGUGUUAAUGGGUCGAUGGUGGUGUAAAAACACCGUUAAAAAAACAAAACAAAAAAACAAUCACUAUUAUUACUACUUUGUUGUCAGAAUCCUUCAAACGAUCAUUUCUCUUUACAUUUUAUGUGCAUUUUCAAUUAUGAAAAUCUCAUGAGUUGGAAAGAAAUACAUCAGUUGGUUAUUGGAUAUGCUAUUUGAUUAACAAAGUAGUAUUAGCUCCUUGCGUGUAGCACAAACUUUGUAUAUAAUUUCCAGUUCAUAAUCAGAAUUUCAUCACUUGCUCAUCUGUUUUCUUUAGCUCAAGUGCUGGAGUUUUGAAAACUGAAAUGUACACACCCCUGCCUUAACUACAGCAUUUACCUUCCUGAGUGUGUUGGGAUUUUACAGCUGUGUAUCCUGUAAUUGUAAUAAGCUGCCAUUGUUUAAAUUCUUUUAAUCUAUGGAAUUUGACAUCACCAACUAAUUCUUUGUUGAAGAAUCAUCUCAUGAAAGUCCAUUUAUACACAUCUAUUGUGCUUUCAUCUGAAUUUAUUAUUCCUAUCCUUGGGUAUUAUGACAAGGUAUUCCAUGGUCUCAUAUCGUGUGUUGCUAUGUUUGUGAUAUAACUGCUUUUGGCUUAUUUACAUGAUUAUCUUUCUGCGAAGAAAAAUAUGCAGCAUUUGGAUUUUCACCCUGUUCUCUAGUGUUUUUAAUAAAGAAUAAAUGACUACUAUUA